AUGAAGCGGCGGCGCGGGGAGCAUUCAGAGCCGGGCUGCCUGCAGGCUUGGGCUGCCGAGAACCAGGCUCUGGCCGGCCGCUGGCAGGCAGCGCGGUGCUCGGGCCACGGCGAAGUUGCGGCGCGGGAAGUGCGAGAGCAGCGAGAUGGCUUCGGCGAACUCCUCCUGAGGAUGAGGGGGCUGCCACCUGCUCUCCCCACCCUGCCUCUGGAGCUUACCAUACUCUACAACUUCCUGCUGUUUACUGUGGGAGCGUCUGACUCUGCUGUCAAAGGAGAAGCAGAAGGAAUACGCCAGGGGCUCCUCAGGGUUCUGGAGGCUUGUGGGAACUGUGGGCAGGGUCUUAGCACUGAGGAGCUGUGGCAGAAGGUGCUGCAGGAGGUAACUGUGGAGGAGCUGCAGGCACCUCUGCAUCGACUAGGGGCCUUGCAAGCAGCAUGGUGGCUGUCAGCCAGCCACCUGAGCAGCACCACUGUCCUCAUCCGGCUCCUGAGCCAUGCUGAGGACCUGGGAAGAGCUCACUGCAGCGAGGGAGAGAAUGAACUCCUCUCCCUGCUCAAGGCAUGGAAACUACCUGCUGAGGAGACCUCCCUGCCCCUUGUACAGAGAACUGAGGACUUGAAAGAGAUACUCUGCACCACAGUAGCAUUCCUGCAAGGCCUGCAGGAGUUGGAUGCUGGGAACUUCUCCACUGCCCUCUCUCUCCUUCAGGAGUCUGCAGAAGGAUUUUGCACCAAGAAGGUCCUGGCCCAGAUUUACACCUGCCUUGGCUGCUGUGCUCAGCGAAUGGGCAAGCCUCAGACAGCCCUUCAGCACCUGAAACGGGCCCUCCAGACAGACUUCCAGUGCCUUCCUGCCCUGUUCCAUGCAGCAACAGUGUACCAUGAGCUGGGGGAGACUGAUGUGGAGUUGCAGGCCCUGGCUCUGCUCUAUGAGGCUUUGGUGAAAAAACCUCCAGCAGCUGCUUCCUCUGGUCAGUGUUUCCUAAUCCAAAUGGAGCUUCUUGUCCACACACCAGUUCUAGCUUCUCUCCUUUGCCAUCACCACCCCUCUGAAGUGAAGUACCUGCUGGCACAGCGGUGUCUGCAGGAUGGGAGGGUGAUUGAUGCAGUGGAACAUUACCUGGAUCUUCUGGCCCUGCUUCAGGAGGGACUGAAGCAGCAGGUGCCCCUAAAUGGUAGCUCAGCUUUGCACAGGAUUCCUGAGGUAUUCCUGGAAGUAGCAUCUGCCUUGGAGCAGGCUGGGAGGCACCAGGAUGCCAUAACAAUGUGCGAGGAGGUUAUCAGACGGACAACUGACCUGAUCCCAAGGACACUUCAGCUGGAGGAGAUGCUGGAGCAGACUGAGUGCCCAUCACCAGGGCUGUCCCAAAAGAAGGAGAGUUUGUGCUGUCUUGCCUGGAGAGCUGCUGGAUUCCUGCACCAGGGCUGGGCAUGGGUCAAGCUGGGCAAGAGCAAGGAGGCCAUAACACAAUUCAGCAGGUGCCUUGGUGAUCUCUUGCGAGUCCGGCUUUGUGGGUCCGGCAUUGAACCAACAGAUAAUCUCCCUCCAGAAGUGGAGGUGCUCCAGAAGAUCAGGUUGUUGUCUCUCAUUGGGCGAGGUAUGCAGUUCCUGGAGUUAGGGAAGGACAAGGAAGCCUUGUUGGAUUUCCAGCAUGGUUUGCAGAUCUCUCCAGGUGACCCAGCUGCUGCCUCCUACGUGGUGCAGGCCUUGUGGAAUCUGAACCGAAAGCAGGAGGCAGCCACUCUCUGGCAGAAGUUCUCCCAGAGCUCCUCUGUUGAAGAUGGGAAGGGAAGGCCCUGCCCUUUGUACCUGGUGUCCUGUCUGAAGCAGGUGAUGUUCCCACACAGAGAAUCCCUUGCCAGAAGUGUUCAAGAUUUCCUCAGGACCACAGGCCAGGGCCCUGCAAGCUAACCCUGGCAGUC